AUGAGCUUGGGCACUGCGAGACAUGGAGCAGCGAGAAGUACUGCUGGCCAGGAAAUUGGUGUUCUGAAAACAUGUAUUGUGAUGUUAACAUUGGUACUGAUACAGUGGUCUGACGCCACUGAAGGAGCUGAUAGUCGAAUCCUUUCUCUGGAUAACACUACCUGUCAGUUUGCUGUAUAUGACAUCAGUAUAUCAACGGCAUACUCCAUAUUGUGGGAUGGGAGAAAUCUUCCUAAACUCUGUCGACUUGGCUUUCGAGUACCGAACGUCAAUUACUACCAAAUCUGUGUUUCCGCCCUAAAGUAUGACGUCACAGACUGCGGCUUUAGCAUGCAAUACUACCACGGCCUUUCAACACAACCGAACAAAAAUUACUCAUGUACAGCGCCACCCGUCCUGUACUGUGUUAACUCUACUCGAUACUUCUAUCUUCACUUCACGGCAAAACAGACGUCGUUGUCUCAAGUUUCAAUAGACAUCAGAGCCAAGGCCAGACAAAAACCAAGUCAGAGGUCGAGUUCGAUGAUGGAAGUACUUGUAGGUGGUCUAGCCAGUCUCCUGUUUGUGGGUUUUUCUUGUUUCGUGUUUGGCGCUCGCAGCAAGAAUCCCUGUAUGUGUUUGCGGAAACUCUUCGGAAAAUUCGAUACUUUUCGCCCUUGUGUUGAUCGCAUGGAAUCAAAUGGGUGUGUUCCUUCUGAACCAGAAUCUCCAUCAUCCAAUGGAAUACCACGAGGGGACUGUUGCUCUCAUUCUCCAUGUUGCAUCCUUCUGGGUUGUGCCAUUACCGGAAACGGGGAACAAACACGUGGCCAGACGUCAUGUGCGACCCAUGGCCGAGGAAAUCGUGGCAUGGCAAACCAAUCAGAUACAGAGCAGCCCCCACCUUAUAAUUCAUUAACCAUAGACGGACGAGGUGAACCAUCGGAUCUGAUUCAACCACCACCCAUUUGGAUCCAAAUGUCUCCGCCCCCUUACGAAGCUCCGCCCCCAGCUUACGAGGACAUCAUUCGCAAUAAGUGA